AUGCUCACCAAGUGUGUUGGACACCGAACCAGUGAUAAGCGUGUGUGCAUUCCUUGUGGGCUUUCAGUUGCUCAGAGGCCUAACUGGAUCUCAUUUAACAACAAGCUGCCCUCCAUGGAAUCACACAACACCGUCUCCCAUUACAAUCAGAGCAGCGUGCAGUGGGCCAUUCCCUACACCUGGAAGCCAGAGCUGCUGGAGGCCUCUGCUGGGAGUGUCUGUCCCACUGGGAGGAGGUUUGGGAAGAUCGGGGACAUGCUGGAGGCAGAGUGUGUGGGACUGAGGCUGUCCCUGGAACAUAAGGCUGUCUGCUGCGGAGGAGGACGUCCUAGAUGUAGAAGGAACGAAAAGAGUUUGUGGAUUUAA